AUGUCUAAUAUAAGAGAGGUUGAACACCUCAAAAUAACGUUAGAAGCCAUAAAAUCUGCCACUAACAACUUUGCUGCUGAGAAUUGUAUCGGAAGAGGUAGCUUUGGGAAGGUGUAUAAAGGAGAAAUCCUCCAUUCUGAGGGGCAGUCCAUGGUUGUUUUUAAGCGCUUAGACCGUGCAUUUGGGCAAGGAAACCCAGAGUUUUGGAAGGAAAUCACAAUGCUUUCUCUUUACAAACAUGAAAAUUUGGUCCAUCUUUUAGGAUUCUGUGACGAGAGUAAUGAGAAAAUCCUUGUGUAUGAGUACCUAUCUAAUAGAAGUCUAGACUUUCAUCUCAACAACAAUGAUCUAAAUUGGACCCAACGUUUGAAGAUAUGUAUUGGGAUGGCUCGUGGAUUAGCAUACCUUCAUGGUUCUGAAACCCAACUUAGAGUAUUGCACGGUGAUGUUAAAAGUUCCAACAUCCUAUUAGAUGAAAAUUGGAACGCCAAAAUCUCUGAUUUUGGCCUUUCCAAAUUUGCUCCCACUAAUAACUUCACAUUUCUUUACACCUCAGUUGUAGGCACUGUUGGAUAUUGUGAUCCACUAUAUGCCGAAACUGGGUUUUUUACAAAAGAGUCUGAUGUAUACUCUUUAGGUGUGGUGUUGUUUGAAGUGUUGUGUGGAAGGUUGUGUAUUAGCAAUAAGGAUGAUCGCCCUUUACCAGGAUUGGCACGAGAAUGUUACGAACUAAACAAAUUACAUACAAUUAUUUUUGGUAAUAUAAGGGAUGAAAUAACCCGAAAUUCGUUGUGGGCUUUUACAACAAUAGCUUAUCAAUGUUUGAAGAGAGAUCGUGAAGAACGUCCAUCAGUAACUGAUGUUGUUAGAAUGCUUUAUACUGCGCUUGGAUAUCAAGCUAAUAAAGAAAGCUGGGAGCUCCCUGAUAUAGUUGAUUCCUUUCACAUCAAAACUCUACGCUUGCCAAUGGAUUCCUGCAAGGUUGUGCAGUUGAUCUAUACAAAUUCUGGGUUAGAUUUGCUAGCACUUGCUUCAAGUGGCAUUCAUAAGGUCUGGAAAUGGAAACCAAGCAAACGCAAUCCAUCUGGGAAGUCAACUGCAUGUAUCGCCCCAAAAGUCUGGCAACCAACAAAGGGAGCUGUCAUGUGUAAUGAUGUAAGUGGGAAUAAACCUGAUGAAGAGUCAGCAGCAUGCAUUGCUUUGCCAAAGCAUGAUGGCUACUUUGUGUCUGCCUCUGGUGGGAAACUCUCCAUGUUCCAAAUGGCAACUUUCCAUACUAUGAUAAGUUUCAUGCCCCCUCCGCCUGCAGCCACCUGCUUGGCUUUCCAUCCUCGAGACAACAACAUCAUUGCUAUAGGAAGGGAAGAUUCAGUUAUACAAAUUUACAGCCUAGAAUUUUUUCAGGUCAAAAGAGAACUCAGAGGUCACAUGAAACAAAUUACAGGGCUUUCCUUUUCAUGGACUUCACUGGUUUCAUCUGGAGCUGAUGCUCAGCUAUGUAUCUGGGACAUUACUGGUGCAUGGAACUGGAAGAAGAAAUCAAGAAGCAUACAGUCGCCACCUGGCUAUCCAUCCUCACUUGUUAGAGAAACUAAAGUUCAGUUUCAUAAUGAUCAACGCCAUCUCCUUGUUGUACAUCAAAGUCAAAUUGCUAUUUAUGACGACCAACUGGAGUGCUUGAGAUUGUGGUCUCCAAGAGAACCUCUUUCUGCUGCAAUUUCAAGUGCAACAUACUCAUCUGAUGGCUUGCUAAUAUUUACUGGAUUUUUGGAUGGUGCUGUUGGAGUUUUUGAUGCAAACAGUUUGAGGCUUCAAUGUCGAAUAGCACCUUCUGCCUACUUGUCUACACCGAUUUCCAGCAACAGCACCACCACAUAUCCGGUGGUUAUUGCAGCACAUCCAUCCUAUCCUAACCAAUUUGCUCUUGGAAUGAGCGAUGGUUAUGUUCAUAUUAUUGAGUCGCCUGAUCACGAUCCAAAGUUGGAAAACUCAGCGCCUCCAGAAAAGGGUCCUCUAGCAUCGUCUAAGUUGAAGCAUGUCUUUCGGUUUUUAAGAUAA